AUGCUGACCGACCAAUGCGACCAGCUGAGCUGUUGCCGUCGAGCAGAAGCAAUCGGCCCUUUUCGAUACUCGCGAGGGACGAGAAGUCGGCAGACAAGAAGGGAACAUUCCAUCUCCCGUCCUAGAAGCACGGCGCAUUCUGAGCUUUCCGAAAGCUCAGUUAAUUUGGCGAUGCAGCCGGCCGCGAGAGCUUGGUCGCCGCCGGCGGCAACGGAGGCCAACCCUUACGCGACGCCUUCUCCGGUGCAACCGUCAUCCAAGAGCACGAAGGAGACGGUGAAGAAUGCGCUGUCGCGGUGGGGGCGGAAGGUCGGGGAGGCGACCAGGAAGGCUGAGGAUCUGUCGCGCAACACAUGGCAGCACUUGAGGACGGCGCCUAGCAUCACGGAGGCGGCCGUGGGGAGGAUCGCGCAGGGGACCAAAAUCCUGGCGGAAGGCGGGCACGACAAGAUAUUCCGGCAGGCUUUCAGCGCCCCGCCGGACGAGCAGCUGCGCAAGUCCUACGCGUGCUACCUCUCGACGGCCGCCGGCCCGGUGAUGGGCAUCCUGUAUCUCUCCACGGCCAGGGUCGCCUUCUGCAGCGACAGCCCACUCUCCUACGAGGCAGGCGGCGGUGACAGGACGGAAUGGAGCUACUACAAGGUGUCGAUCCCUCUUCACCGGCUGAGGGCGGCGAGCCCGUCGGAGAGCAAGCUGAAGCCCGCGGAGAAGUUCAUCCAGCUCGUGUCGGUGGACAAGCACGAGUUCUGGUUCAUGGGGUUCGUGAACUACGGCAGCGCGGUCAAUCACCUGCAGGAAGCCCUGACCGGCUUCCACAACUUGCAGGCGUGAAGACGGCAGCGCAUGAGCGAUUGCACUUGCUCGUCAGGCGUCAGGAGCGGAUCUCCUGCUGUGUUUGUGUUGCCGUACUAGUAUUUGCAGCGUGUUGUUUUAGUGGUGCUCACCGUCGGUAUGCAAAUAUUUGUCCGGAAAUACACGGUAUCCUUUGAUUUGGUUGCUGAUUAGCGAGAGAAUGAUGAGGGUCCUUCGAUUCGGAGGAGAGAUCAUGAUUCAUGAAGAAAAUUUGCAUGGUUACGGAAUAGCUAACUUAUGGUCUUCAUGUUUCUUGCUUGAAGUGAUUAGGAGGACUUGGUAUGAGGUGCUCAUUUUCCAACAGAAAAUAGAGUGCCAAAUGCGGAGGUAUGUUUGAAGCUUG